AUGGGGACCCAGGGCGCAGGGAGGAAGAGGUCCACUAAUAAGGACAGGACCACGGCAGAAGACGAUGCCCUCAAUCUGAUCGCAAGAGAGGCAGAAGCGCGACUGGCGGCAAAGAGAGCAGCGCGAGCCGAGGCCCGAGAGAUUCGCAUGAAGGAACUGGAGCGGCAGCAGAAAGAGAUCUUUCAGGUACAAAAGAAAUAUUACGGCCUGAGCCCCAAAGACGAGCGGCAGGACGGGAAAUGGGGCGACAUCGAGCAGUGGAUGAGCGGUGUCCUCACAGACGAGAGCAGAGCCUCCCGGUCCAGACUCGACCUGCAGCCGACCUCGUACGCCUCCUCUGACCUGUACAGCCUCAACGGUCUGUCCUCCUCCAGACCUGCUGCUGCCUAUAACGGUUACCAGAGCUCUCUGUAUGAAGACGGUCUGUGUAGCAGCUCCAGGAGAACCUCUGCUCAAGUCCCUUUAGAAUACAGCAGCUAUCGAAGCUCAGGGUCCAGGACUUCCUCUCGAGCCUCGUCCAGAGCCGGAUCUGCCCGGACCAGUCCCGUGGACAACAGCAGCAGCUCAGUGGCCAGUUAUCUGAGGAGUGCAGUGAGCAGUGGACUUCGAGACCUGGACGAUGUCACGAUCCCAGACUUUGCAGAUGUGGAAGACGGCAGCUAUCUAGAAAAGGGGUCUCGAGCCGCCUCCGCCCUCACAGCCUCCACCCUCACAUCUUUAGGCGGGACGUCCUCCAGGAGAGGCAGUGGAGAGACAGCCCUGACUCUGGACGCUGAGACCUCUAUACGGGAAAUCAAGGAGAUUCAUGAGCUGAAGGAUCAGAUCCAGGACGUGGAGUCAAAGUACAACCAGAACCUGAAAGAAGCAAAGGACAAACUCGCGGAGGUGGAGGAGAAGUACCGUAAGGCCAUGGUGUCCAACGCACAGCUGGACAAUGAGAAGAACAAGCUCAUGUACCAGGUGGACACGCUCAAAGACUCUCUGCUGGAGCUGGAGGAGAGCCUCGCCGAGUCCAGACGACAGUACGACGACAAGGCCAAAGACUUUGAGAGGGAGAAACACACCCACACAGUUCUACAGUUCCAGUUUAAUGAACUCAAAGAGACUCUAAAACAAAGUGAAGACCUGCUAAAUGAAAUCCGUCAACUGCGAAUAAAAGAGGAGGGUUUUCACAGAGAAAUCUCAGAUCUACAAGAAACUGUGGACUGGAAAGAUAAGAAAAUCUCGGCCUUAGAGAGACAGAAAGAAUACACAGACGCCAUCAGAAUUGAGCGAGACGAGCUCCGAGAAGAAGCCGUGGCGCUCAAAGAUAUUUUAAAGAAACACGGGAUAGUCCUGGGUCCAGACUUGACGGUAAACGGCGGCGUGACGGAGGUGUUGGGCGUUGAAGCCAGUGCAGAUCCAAACUCUCCGCUCUGUCAAGUCUCUUCUCCCACAGAAGGCGGCAACAGCAUGCUAGAAAUACGCCUGAGGAAACUGGUGGAUGAGCGAGAGAAGAUGAUUGAACAGGUGAAAAAACUCAAAGCUCAACUGGAUCAGAAAUCUCCAAAGAAUGGCACGGACAGUUUGAGUCCGGACGGAGAGAUCCUGGAGAACGGCAGUGACCCGGCUUUGAUAGAAAUCCAAAGAGAUUCCAAUCGACAAAUGAAUGACCUCAAGUUUAAACUGGUGAAGACGGAGCAAGAGGCGACUGCAUUAGAACAAAAUGUCUCGCGACUGGAAGGUCAAGUGUCUCGCUACAAGUCUUUAGCUGAAAACGCAGAGAAAGUGGAGGACGAGCUCAAGGCGGAGAAACGCAAACUCCAAAGAGAGCUGCGCUCAGCACUGGACAAAGUCGAAGAACUGGAGUCCAACAACAGCCAUUUAUCAAAGAGACUGGAGAAGAUGAAGAGCAGCCGCGGCAUGGCUCCGACUCCGUAG